AGAUUAACCCUUAAUAAGAUUUGAAUGUUGAUAAAUUAAGCGACAAUUAGCGAAUUUAGCGACCUAGUGAGUUUUUUAAACUAAUAGGUACAUCGGUCCAUACGGAAUAAAAAGUGACUAAGAAAGAUUUCAUUGAAACUAGAAAUGCUGUUAUGGCUUAGAAAUGCUAAAGCUAUUUUGCGUGCUACGAAUUGUAUUAAAAUGUUAGAUGCGAAAUGCAUGUCUACGGCCGUUCCAAAGGAGGAGAAAGUUAAAGUAUCUGGGUGCAAUAUAAACUAUGUCAAAGUUGGUAAAGGAUCUCACAAUUUAAUUUGUUUACCUGGAGCCCUUGGAACUAUCUGGACCGAUUAUAAACCUCAAAUUGAAGGAAUAGACAAAAAUGAUUUUACAUUAGUGGCAUGGGAUCCACCAGGCUAUGGUAAAAGUCGACCUCCUAUGAAGCAGUUUGAUGUUGACUUCUAUGAAAAGGAUGCUGACUAUGCUUUUAAUUUUAUGAAGGCACUAAAUAUUCCCAAAUAUUCAAUCUUAGGGUGGAGUGAUGGAGGCAUAACAGGGAUAAUACAUGCAGCAAAAUAUCCUGAAACUGUACAAAAACUAGUGAUAUGGGGAAGUAAUUCAUUUAUGUUACCUCAUGAAUUAGAAAUGCUUAAAAAGAUAAAAGAUAUUAAAUUGUGGUCAAAGAAAAUGAGACAACCAAUGAUUGAUGUGUAUGGUGAAGAACUAUUUGCAAAAUACUGGAGUAAAUGGGUUGAAGGCAUGGAAAAUCUUUUCAAUAAGAAAGAUGGCAAUAUAUGUUCGGAAUUACUGAAGGAUGUCAAAUGCCCUACCCUUAUACUGUAUGGAGAAAAAGAUCCUUUGGUGGACAGAGUUCAUGUAUCGCAUUUGCAUACUCAUAUUGAAGGAUCACGAAUACAUUUGUACCCCGAUGGGAAGCACAAUAUCCACAUAAGUUAUGCAGAAGAUUUCAAUAAAAAAGUUCAAGACUUCCUUCAAUCACCCUAAUAAUAAGAAUAAAAUUAUUUUUGGUAUUCAAAUCUGAAGGGCCAAACGAAAAAAUAUAACAAAAAAUCCCAUA